CAGAUAUCGAAUUCGUGAGGGGGAACAACGCAGACGACCAAAUUCGCUCGAAGUCAUCGACUUACUAGAUCUCAAUUUUUCCUCUAAGUCUCUCUGAAAUCUUCAUAACUCUACCUAGUGACUCGACAGAAAUCUGUAAGAAACCUCGCCUGAAAUCUGUCAGAAAACUUGACUAAAAUUCAUAAAACAAAUUCACCAUGAUCAUGGUUCGUGAACUCGUUUGACGACUUCCCGAGUGAAACAAGUGCGCGAAAACUCAAACCAGUUAACCGAAAGUGCGAGAAAACUGCUCGAAUGGAGAGCGAAGAAGGAGAUCGAAUGGCGAACGUGGACGUGGCUGCUUCCUGGCAGCAAUAUUACACCUGGUGUGGUCCGUACUCUCAUCCACACUCGAAUUCGCAUCCUCAUCCGCAGCCUCAACCGCACGUUCAUUCUCAACAUCCGAAUCAUCUGAACCAGUAUCAGCAGCACUCGUUGGCGGCAUCCACCGCGAACACGUCCGCCCACUAUCCAACUUCUUAGCAGUAUCAUCUGCAGCUGCAGCCUGCUCAGACGCCAUCUUUGCAUCAGCAGCAACAGUUUCAUCCUGUUAGGGGACAGAUCGGGACUCGAACUGCCAUCCCUUAUGAACGACCAGUUAAGGAAGUCGACCAACGAAGAGUCGAGAAGAAUCAUCGUUGAAAAAUUGACCUUACUUCAGCA